CACAGAAGAAAGGACAUUUUGUACCCUGUCAGAGUUUCAGAUCAUUGGGAAGGAAAGUUGAUCACACCUGUUAAAAGAUGAACGUCUACAUAACAAGUUUAAUCGUCCUUUGUAGUAACAUAUUUGUGUUAUCGUCUGCGGCAUGGAGGCCGCGAAAAUAUGGUUAUAAUCCAUGUAACCAUUAUUCUGGACCUGUUUGUGGUACAAAUGGCAAAACAUAUUACAGUGAAUGUCAAGCUGUUAAUUCGAAUGUAAAAGUAAAUUGCGUCAAAAGAUGUCCAUGUAAGAAGCCCUGCGUAUGUAGUAAAGUGUACCGUCCAGUUUGUGGAUCAGAUGGUAAAACGUAUGGCAAUGCAUGUAUGGCAAAGUGUGAGAAAGUAAAAGUAAAAUGCAACAGAAAAUGCCCAUGUGUAAAACCUUGCAUUUGUACUAAAAUUUUCAAACCAGUUUGCGGAGUGGAUGGCAAUACCUAUAGCAAUGAAUGCACAGCAAAAUGCAAAAAAGUCAAAGUACGAUGUCAGGGUUCUUGUCCUUGUAAGAAGCCAUGUACAUGUCCACGUACAUUAGCCCCAGUAUGUGGAACAAAUGGAAAACAAUACAGAAACAAAUGUUUAGCAAAAUGCGAAAACGUUAAAGUUGAUUGCCACGGUAAAUGUCCAUGCUCUUGUAUUAAUAAAUGUCCCCCUAAAGGAAAACCAAGUUGUGGUGGAGAUGGCAUUACAUAUAUUACAGACUGCCAUGCAAAGUGUGCGGGUCAGAAGAUACAAUGUAGAAAGUCCUGUCCUUGUCCAAAGGUAUGCAAAUGUUCCAAAGAAUACAGUCCUGUUUGUGGCGUAGACACCAAAACAUAUGUCAAUUCAUGCGUUGCAAAAUGCAAGAAAAUCAAAGUAUUAUGUAACAAACGAUGUCCUUGUAAUUGUGAAGAUAGUUGUUCACCAUCGUCUACCAGUCCAGUGUGUGGGAGGGAUGCCAAAACAUAUCAAUCAAAAUGCCAUGCGGCAUGCAAGAAAGUUGUGGUAAAAUGUAACGGAAAAUGUCCCUGUCCUUGCACAACAAACUGCAAGCCAAGCGGACCAAAAGUGUGCGGAGUUAAUGACAAGGAGUAUAGGAAUGCAUGUUUUGCCAAAUGCUCUAAAGUUGCUGUAAAAUGUACAGGAAAGUGUCCAUGUUCGUGUGAAAGCCAAUGUCCUCAGACUAUUCAACCAGUAUGUGGUGCUGAUGGGCAGGAGUAUGCAACUGAAUGUCAUGCUGAAUGCGCUGAUGUUGAUGUACAGUGUCAAGGGAAAUGUCCAUGUUCGUGUGAAAGUCAAUGUCCACAGACGGUUAGUCCAGUUUGUGGUGCUAAUGGACAGGAGUAUUCAUCGGAAUGUCAUGCCAAGUGCGCUAAAGUGGCUGUUAAGUGUACAGGAAGCUGUCCGUGUUCCUGUGAAAGCCAGUGUCCCAAAAUUAACCGACCCGUUUGUGGAGUUGACGGAAAACAAUAUGUAAACAAAUGCCUUGCGAAAUGCAAAAAUAUCAAAAUACGAUGUAAUAAACGUUGUCCGUGUGCUUGUGAAGAUAGUUGUCCAGCAGGACCUGCUACUAAAUCUGUGUGUGGGAAUGAUGGAAUAACGUAUAAAUCAAAAUGCCAUGCAGCAUGCAAAAAAACAGCUGUUGAAUGUAACCAAGCAUGUCCUUGCCCAUGUGUCUGUCCAGUCGACAACAAACCAGUAUGUUCUACAGACUCAACUACAUACAGCAAUGCCUGUGAAGCUAACUGCAAUAAAGCUACAAUAGAAUGUAAACAAGCCUGCCCAUGUACUCCUUGUGGAUGUCCUCAACCGAAAAGUAACGAUUUGUUUUGUGGCAAAGAUGAAAUUACCUACCCUACCAUAUGUUUUGCCAAGUGCAGUAAAACAGAGGUAGCGUGUAAAGGGAGCUGUCCUUGUUCGUGCGAAAGUAAAUGUCCAAGCGGUGGUCGUCCUGUCUGUGGGCAGGAUGGAAAAGUGUUUAAAACAUAUCCGAACAAAUGCCACGCUGAUUGUGCAAAAGUAGCAGUUAAGUGUUCCGGAAAGUGUCCAUGUUCAUGUGAAAGUCAGUGCCCAGCGAAUGCACAGAAGGUCUGUGGUAAAGAUGAAAAGACCUACGCAUCUAAAUGUCUUGCUGUCUGUGCAGGAACAACUGUUGAAUGUAACCAUGCUUGUCCCUGUCCAUGCAAUUGUCCAGCAGAAAACAAACCAGUUUGUGCUACAGACGCAACUACAUACAACAAUGAAUGUGAGGCUACAUGCAAUAAGGCUACAAUAGAAUGUAAAACACCUUGUCCGUGUACUCCAUGUGGAUGUCCCAUGCCGACAAAUAACGAUUUGGUUUGUGGUAAAGAUAAUAAUGUCUACCCUACUGUAUGUUUUGCCAAAUGCAGUAAAACAGAGGUAGCAUGUAAAGGUCCUUGUCCAUGUUCAUGUGAGAGUAAAUGUCCAAGUGGUGGAAGGCAUGUUUGUGGUGUGGUUGGUAGGGUACAUAAAACAUAUCCAAACAAAUGUGCUGCUGAUUGUGCUAAAGCCACAGUAAAAUGCCAAUCAAAGUGUCCAUGUACAAAUGGUAAAACGAUAGCAGAAUGCGAAAAUUCAUGUCCACAUUUCCGGUUUCCUGUUUGUGGACUUCUUUCUAACACCAAAUAUCUGAACCAUUGCGUGGCUAAGUGCAUGGGAGAGGACUUUGUGCAUUGUAAAGGUUCUAAAUUUUACGAGGAUUAAUAAAACAGGACCUGAGCGUUUGUUAAUAAAUUUGUAUAUACAAAAUAUUUAUUUAUUUUGAAAUAAAUGGCUGGAUGUC